AUGCAGACUGAACCAGAGGACGGUGCUGCUAGAGCAGGCAGUAACGUCGAGCCUAAGAAGCGUCCAAGUCGUGAAGAUGCAGCAGACGGUCUGGAACGUGAAGCUGACCCGGUCAACUGUUUAAAGGCUAAUGCAGACAAGUCAGACGCGCCAGGCUCCAAAGAAGUCGUCGAUUCAGUCAAGGAAAAGCCAAAGAAGCGACGCAGGUCUCCUACGGUCCUUUCAUGUUCUCAUUUUCAUUUACGUGGUGUGCGACAACGUGCUUGGGGGAAAUGGGCAUCGGAGAUUCGCGACACGGAUAAUAUCCGCUUAUGGCUCGGAACAUUUACGACGGCUGAGGAAGCGGCUUUCGCUUACGACGCAGCCUCUCUAGCUAUCCGUGGAGCAGACACCCGGCUUAACUUUGAAAAGAGUCGCAUGUACGCAUCGAACAUGGCUGACAUCAGGGAGCAAUGCGGUGGAGUCGUCGGCCCGGCGUUUCGGACGGCUCUCGCGAAAGAAACGGCUCGGCUUAUUGGCGAAGGAGUUCUUGACGGCAUUGUCGCUGACUCUCCGGGAUAUGCUUAUCUGCUGAGGUCGAUCAAUGUCCCAGCGUCUGUCGAUACAUCUGCAGUACCGGAUCAUAACUCAGAGCGUAUCGAUUCUUUGGCGGAAACGGCGGCACGGCGACGACAGGCCCAGAUGACUGUCAGUAUUCCACGAAUCAAGCCGGUUCCUGUACCCGUUGAUACCCUGACAAUGCAACGACAGCCUCAGACGACUGCUGCCAUUACCACACGAAUGGAGCUGGUUCCAGCACCCGUUGCGUCCAGGCCUACAUUGGCAUUGGUUCGCAACAGCAAGGCUCCAUCUGUGGCCGGGAUUAAGGCCGAACCGAAGCUGGCACAGAAGGUGCAACGUUAUAUUUAUUGUGAGUCAGAUGGUGAAAGUCUCGAAAGUGAGAUUGAUGCUCUCUUUGCUUCACGUCGCAACAGCAAGAGUGCUGCUUGUAACUCACAUGACAAUGUCUCAGGUCCACUGGGAUUUGGCGACGACCUUUGGUCGCAACCUUCAAGGAGCGGUUUUGAGAAUGUUCAGGGAAGUUCGGAAGCAGCCCCUUUCAGCUUCCAUGAUGGUGCGAGCGGCGGUGCGUUCGGAGGAAAUGUCAGUGGUGGUGGUGGUAUGGAUGACUGGAGCUCGUACAUGGAAACGGAUUCUUUCACUGCAGUUCAGACAACCGCAACUACCACGGUCACAGAUUGUCUCACAGGUGAAGGGGGGAGCGGAAGCGCUACGGGACUGAAUGGUCAUGGAAAGGAGCUUCGUGGUUCAGGAAGCUGUACAGACAUCGUCGACCAUUUCUUGGGAGAUGGAGACGAGAGCGAGGACCCUGGUAUGCUUCAGGGUAACCGACAUGACCACGACUUUUCAAAGGGCGACUCCAUCCGCACCGCUGUCUCACAAGACAACUCCACCGGUGAUCUCAUCACCACCUCAGAUGGUACCAGCGUUGCUCCUUCCAGUGGAAUUUCUCUUGGUACUUUUUCUGACACAACUGAAGGUCAUGCAGGCUAUGAUUAUGCCGACAGGAUCAUUCCUGAGCUGCACGGGCUGGCCAAGUUCCUGGAGGAGACACCCAUGUCUCCACUGCAUCUUGUAUCAGGCAGUCCUGUUUCAACUGAGAGCAACCCAAAGUCUGCAGAAGACCCAGCACCACUCCACCUUCCAGCUGCAGCACUUUCAGCGCAAGCUACACCAGCAGCUUCUGAAGUUCCCACGGCAACUGUACAGCCAUGUUCACGCCCUGUUGUUGCAGCUGCCGAGCCACCUGCUCGUUUGCUCUCCUACCCAAACCUUAACCGUAUGCACGCACCUCCAAGCCAAUCACAGCUGUCUCACUCUCUCGCCAAUGUCCGACAGGCACAGGUGCUCAUGCUUCCAUCGCCUGCUGCUGCUGCACCUCGCACUGACAUGCCUUUGCAGAGAGCGCUGAUGCCAGACCCUGCCACUGCUGGCGGUUUCUCUUCUCCGCGUAUUUCUCCCUCCCUGGUUUCACCACUCUCUCUUCCAAAGCAGAGGUCUAGCCCAGCCAUUUUCCCAGCAACCUCUGCUCCUGUGUCUCAAGCUUCACCCCUCCCUCUAGCAGCUGCUCCCUCACUCCGCUUGCAGCUUCCUCCUGCUGCUUCUUCAUUGCCUUCCCAUCGACCCCUCAGCACCUCCCUUCCUGCUUCGGCUGCCAGCAACGCAUGCCAGUGCUGCUGCCAUUGUCACUUCAAGCAACAGCAACAGACGCCUCCACAAGGCAGAGGCGCCUCGCUUCAUAAUGGAUCACCGAGCAACAGUGUGCACAGGGUGCAGACAGUUACCGACACCAGCGUACUGCCUGCUGCUCCUCUUACCUCCGCAACUAUCUCUGCCACAGCUGCUGCAGCGUCUGGAAGCCCUGCAAAGAACAGCCACCACCUGUUGGUCAUGCCUAAAGUGGGAGUUGCGUGGAGUCUCAAAUCCUGUGACAAGCCACAGCAGCAGCAGCCUUUGGGAUCCAAGACUUGGCAGCAACCACAGCCGCAUCAGCAACCAAACCAGCCAGUGGCCCACCAGCAGCCUCAGCAGCCACAGGCGCAGGCACAGCACCGGAUUAUGCUGUUGCCUCAAGGACUGCCACAGCGUGUAAUGCAGCGGGAGCUGAUGACGCAGCAGCAGCAACAGCAGCAACAAGCUCCACUGUUGCGGGUGCCAUUGCCAGCUAAACAGCAAGAUAACGAGAAACGGAAGCAGCUGCAGGGGGAAGUGGUUGGCGGUGCAUCUGGUGCUGCCAUUCUGGGCUUAAGGUCCCCUCCUCUUCCACCUCCUCUUCCACCUCCUCCUCCUCCGCCUCCAUCUAAGUACCCCACAGGGCCACGACCAAAGCUCACGCCGUUCCUUCUGUCAGCUAUUGCCAACAGCAAAGCCAAUGAUUCUGCAGUGUCCCUGGUGCAACACAGUCCCGUGACUCCACCAGCAGUGGCAAGCAUAUCAGUGGAAGCAGUAUCACUUCAACCAGCGGUAUCAGCACUUCCGGAGGUUGCGGCUACGUCAGCAUUUCAUCUGAAUGCUGGUGCAGCAGGAAUUCUCAAGCUUGAAGCAGCACCGGAAGCAUCAGCACCUGUUCUGCAAGCACCAGUUUCUGCACAAGCAGCAAAACCCGUUCAGCAUGCAACAGCACCAUCACCCCUCAAGCAGGCACCUAGUGGCACCUCCUCAGCAUCAUUUAAGCAGGCUGCAACAGCAGCACUGCACCAGCAGACAGAAGCAUCAGCACCACUCGAUCAGGCAGCGGUAUCUGCAUCACUCGAGCAGGAACCACUUCAGCAUCACUGA